AUGGCGACAGCUGUUAAAGAUUCAGUCCCUAGGGAUAAGUGGUGGAAGAUCAAAUGGUUUUCUGACGAAGACACGCCAGAGGAACGCCGCCUGAUCACUAAAAUCGACAUGUUCCUUGUUCCUUACAGCGUUCUCGGUUACUGGGUCAAGUACAUCGACCAGUCAAACUUGAACAACGCUUAUGUGGCUGGCAUGAAGGAGGACCUUGGAUUUUACGGCAAUGAGCUAGUUCAACUCCAGACUUUGUUCACUCUUGGUUCUGUCCUUGGGCAAAUUCCCUUUUUAUUCAUCAUGACAUACGUUCCCAUCCAGUACUUGGUGCCCAUUUGUGAUAUUCUUUGGGGAGUGUUUACCCUUCUUCAAUAUCGUGUGCACUCCUAUGCCGAGUUGGCAGCAUACAGAUUCAUGGUCGGUUGGUUUGAAGCAGCUUUCUUCCCAGCCAUGCAUUACGUAUUCGGUUCCUGGUACAGAGGUCAUGAGAUCGCACGCCGUGGCGGUAUUUUUUAUACAGGUCUUGCCGCCGGUACUUUGACCGCAGGUUUGAUCCAGGCCGGCGCUUCGAAGUCACUGGAAGGCGUACACGGUAUGGAGGGAUGGCGCUGGAUGUAUAUAAUCUGCGCUCUCAUUACCAUUCCCGUUGGCAUCAUUGGUUUCUUCGUCAUCCCAGGAACAGUCGACCAGCCCAACAAAUGGUGCGUCAACGACAAGGAUCUUCAGAUUGCCCGCGACCGUCUCGAGAAGCAUGGUCAUGUUUUGCACGGCAAGAUGAAAUUUGGCCACAUAAAAAGAACUCUUUUCGGGUUUCGCUUCUGGCUGGUCAUCACAACCGAUAUCCUUUUCUGGAACGCCGGCAUUCACAAAAAUACUGGCUCCUAUUUGCUCUGGAUCAAGAGCCUGGGCAGAUACAGUGCCGCAAGGGUAAAUGAGCUAGGCACAAUUUCUCCUGCUUUAGGAAUUGCGUAUACGCUUAUUGCAUGUUUUGCCUCGGAUUUAUUCCUUGGCCCAGCUUGGGCGAUCACAAUCUGUUCUUUUCUCAAUGCGAUUGGCCUUAUCCUCCUGACGAUAUGGACCAUCCCUGAAGGUGGGCUGUGGUUCGGGUUCGCCACGAUGUAUUGGUCCAAUGCCCUGUCAUCCGUUUUCCAUGGCUGGGUUAAUAACUUACUACGGGAUAGCCCUGAGGAGCGGAGCUUCACCCUUGUGCUUAUCAACCUGCUGUCUCAGAGCUCGACUGCUUGGACGCCUCUGCUUACUUUUCCAACAGUCGAGUCUCCGAGAUACAGGAAAGGCUUUUCGUUCUGCCUUGGUUGUGCAGUUGGGUUAAUUAUUUUCACUUGGGUCAUGCAUUACUAUCUCAAGAGAGAUAAGAAACGUGAAACCAGAGUGGCAGGAGAAGAGGCUGGCGAACAAGAUGGAAGCGAUUCUGUCCUCUCGGUUAUAAAUGGUGACAGACAGCCCAUUCAGGCUGAAUCCAAUGAGAAGAGCUCAUCUGGAACCGCUGCAACGAACAAUGAAACCAACGGCAAGUCUAUUACGCAGUAA